AUGGAAUCGAGCAACAGCAGAAGCAGUAGUGUUAGUCGUGCAGAUAGUGGUAUUAGUUGUAACACUACUGCUACAACAGUUAAUCCACGUUAUGAGUGUCACUGGACGGACAAUUGUCGCGGACAACAUGAAUUAGAUGAUUGCCCAGUGCGACUGCGUGAAUUACGAGGCAAGUUGGGCAUCUAUUUUAGUCCAAAUGCAAGCUUUAAACAUUUUUCUCGUGAUCAUAUGAACGAUCUAUCCUUAGAAUCGAAUCCAACUGGAUGUACAAUGGUUCAUUUGUUAAUUUAUAAAAAGAAAAAUAAUGAAACUUGGUUACUAUUUGUUACCAAAUUUGCUAAACAAAAACGGCGAGACAACGAAGCUACACCAAACCGACAGAUUUUAUUAACAUUACCAUCAUCAAAUCCAUGUAUGAAAGGUGAAUAUCAUAAAAAUAUAGCUGCAAGAGCAUUGAAUAGUAUUACAAAUGAAAGUGAAAUAACAACAAAUCUUCGACCACGUCUCAAACGUUUCUUAUUUGUUGAUGCUAAUGCCAUCUAUCCAUUAUAUUUAACCGAUGAACAAGCAGAUCUCUUAACAACUCAUUUUUCUCCCAACGAAGAAGUUAUUUCUCUUCAUUGGUAUCCUCUAUCUACUGUCUUGAGUCAAUUGCCAAAUUGGGAUGAUUAUUUGAGCAGACAAGCUGAAGGAAGAGAAUUAGCUCAAGUACGACAUGCUGAUCAUACUGGAAUUAAGUUGAAUACAGAAAAUAACGAACAUACAAUGUGGUCAGUCACGGCAACUUGUCUAAUGUGUAUAAGAAAUCUUGUGGGAUUCGAUGCAUUUCUU